AUGUUAUCUAGUAAAGUGUGUGGAGAGUUUGAAAGUAUAUGGAAGCUUUUUCCCGAUGAUUUAAAUGCAUCUGGAAAAUAUUAUAUUAGUGGUGGAACGAUCAAAAACUACUGUCCUAAAAGAAAUUGUGAUAGUAAUAUCAAUAAGAUUCAUGCUGGAUGUUUAUGGUUAUUUAAUCAAUUUUAUGGAAAUUCAUAUAAUUUUUCGAGUAAUGCAAAUGGAAAUAUGAAUAUUGUUGUAUAUAUUAUGAUUUGGUUAACACAUAAAUUAAAUAAAAUGUUAAAUACACAAUUUUCUAAUCUAAAUGAAUUUUAUAGUAAGCAUAUCCAAAAUACCGAUGAGUAUAAAAAUCAUAUAGAUGAUGUUACGGAAUAUAAAAAUUAUAUUGAUCUUAUAAAUCAAAAAAAAAAAAUUAUAGAUAUUGAUAUUAAAGAUAUGUCUAAAUUUUAUGAUGCAUUUAAAAUCUUAUGCAAUAUGUACAUUAAUGUUGGUAAACAAGGGGUUAGCAAAACAUUUUUGGAAUAUGCUAAUGAGUUUGUUGAUGAAUAUCAAAAACUCCUUAAUAAUAAUAAUACUGACCGUGAAGACAGUUCAUAUAAUCAAAUAUUGUCUACAUUAUCAAAUGAUUAUUCUGUUUUGGGAAGAAGCAAAAUUGAUGGUAAACCAAUAGAACUUCCUUCACUACCAACAGAAAAAACAGCUGAAAAGGUUGAAAUAUCAGAUUUUAAAGGAACAAAAACAGUCUCAACGAGUGAAACUCAAGAAUCAAAUUCUAAAGCUAAAGUAUCAGAUUCUGAUUCAACAUUACCAAGUUCAUCACAAGUAAAUAAAUUAAUUUUAAUUCCAAUUAUAUUUGUUGCAACAUUAAUUUUAUUAGGAAUUGCAUAUAAGUAUUCGUUAUUUGGAUUUCAGAAACGAUCUCAGAAACAACAUUUAAGAGAAAAGCUAAAAACAUGA